GGAUCCGAUCGUGGGACGUCGAUCCUGGCAUCUGCAGUAUCGACAAACAGCUCAAGCUCUUUGUAUCCGGGCAUUCCACCACCUUCUCCAGCCUCGUGAAAGGCCAGCGGAGUUUCCACCACCGCGGGGACACCCUGGAGACCCUGGUCCUCCUGAACCCAUCGCACAAGUCCCUGUGUGACGAGCUCCGGAACCUUCUGCUGGACCCCACCCCUCACAAGCUGCUGGUACUGGCUGGGCCCUGUCUGGAGAAAACGGGGGAGCUGUUGCUCCAGACGGGGGGCUUCUCUCCCUACCACUUCCUCCAGGUGCUGAAGGACAAGGAGAUCCAUGACCUCCUGUCCUCCACGCCCCCUCCUUCGGACCCACCCACACUCACCAUCACCUGCCCGACCUUCGGCAACUGGGCCGGGCUGGCCCCCGACGUGCCCGGCCUGCAAGGUGUGCUCCGGCUGCGGCUGAACCCUCCGGCUCAGCUGCCCACCUCCGAGGGCCUCCGCGAGUUCCUGAGCUACUUGAACGAGUCUCUGGAGCCACCGUCCCUGUUCGAGCUUCUGGAGCCUCCCUCUUCUGGGGGAUUCCUGAGGAUCCCCGAACCUUGCUGCUAUAUCUUCCCGGGGGGCCUCGGGGACGCCGCCUUCUUUGCCGUCAAUGGCUUCACCGUGCUGGUCGACGGGGGUUCGAACCCCAAGUCGAGCUUCUGGAAGCUGGUGCGGCACCUGGACCGGGUGGACGCAGUGCUGGUGACCCACGCCGGGGCCGACAGCCUCCCGGGCCUCAAUAGUUUACUAAGGCGCAAGCUGGCGGAGCGCCCGGAGGUGGCGGCCAACGGCUCCUUAAACGACAGGCUGCGACGGCUCAUCUCGCCCAACCUGGGCGUGGUGUUCUUCAACGCCUGCGAGGCCGCGUCGCGCCUGGUGCGGGGCCAGGACGAGGCCGAGGUGGCGCUGGGGCUCCUGGCCCAGCUGGGCAUCACGCCCCUGCCCCUGAGCCGUGGGCCGCUGCCCCCCAAGCCCAUCGUGCUGUUCCAGAAGGUGGGCGUGGGCCGGCUGGACAUGCACGUGCUCCAGCCGCCCUCCGCGGGCCCCGAACGCGCGUCGGCCUCGGUGUGCGUCCUGCUGGUGUGGCACCCCGCCGACCCCACCGAGAAGGUGCUGCGGGUGCUCUUCCCCGGCUGCACGCCCCCGGCCCGUCUCCUGGAAGGCCUGGCUCACCUGCAACAUUUGAAGUUCUUGCGGGAGCCCGAAGUGACACCCCAGGAUCUGGAGGGGCCCCGGCGGGCCGAGAGCAAAGAGAGUGUGGGCUCCCGGGACAGCUUGAGAAAGGACGGCCGGGCCUCGGCACCCAGCAGGCUUGCCCAGGAACGCCCCAGGGGGGCCCGGAAGGAGCCCCUGCGGGCCGAGGCCCCACGCAGGACGGAGAAGGACGCCAAGUCCGGUCCCCAGGAGGUGAAGAAGGACUCGCGAACCAGUGUUGCACGGACGCAGCCCCGGGAGGUGCGCCGGGUCCCCUCGGCUGCAGCCAACGUCAAGAAGGUGGGUGCCCCGGUGGCCCCUAAACUCCGCAAAGCGCCCAGCAUGCCCAACCCGGGCUUCGGAUCGGUGGAGAAUGGACCCUGCAGUCUCCCGGCUUUGCCACACGGGGACACCAAUCCGGUUGCGGCCUCUUGCAACUCGCCAGCCUCGCAGCUGGAGGCCACGCCCAGCCUGGACAGCAACCUGGAGCUGGGGCUGAGCCCGGCCGGGGACGAGAGCAGCUGCUUCGAGGAGAAGAUGCUGCUGGUGUCCGACACCCCGCGGCCGCGCACGCCCUCGCCCACCGAGCGCGCCCCGAGUCCCACCGAGGGCAGCGGGAGGCUGUCUCUGAGCCCCCUGCGCAGCGGGGAGGCGGGGCCGGACACGUCCCCCACGGCGACCACGCCCACCGUGACCACGCCCUCGCUGCCUGCUGAGGUGGGCUCCCCGCACUCCACCGAGGUGGACGAGUCCCUGUCGGUGUCCUUUGAGCAGGUGCUGCCGCCUCCCCCCUCCGCCGGUGAGGCCGGCCUCAGCCUCCCCCUGCGAGGCCCCCGGGCGCGGCGCUCAGUCUCCCCGCACGACGUGGACCUGUGCCUGGUGUCGCCCUGCGAGUUCGAGCACCGCAAGGCAGUGCCCACGGCGCCCGCUUCCCCCGGCAGCUCCAACGACAGCAGCGCCCGGUCCCAGGAGCGGGCAGGGGUGCUGGGGGUGGAGGAGACGCCGCCCACCUCCAUCAGCGAGUCCCUGCCCACCCUGUCGGACUCAGACCCCCUGCCCGCCAUCCCCGGGGCUGCGGACUCGGACAACGACCUGGAGGGCUUGGGGGGUGCCCUCCACGAUCCCCUGCCCGACCCCGUUAAGGUCCCCCCGCCACUGCCUGACCCACCCGGCAUCUGCAUGGUGGACCCAGAGAUGGUACCCCCCAAGUCGGCGCGGCAGACUGAGAACCCAGGACCCUCCCGGAAGCCCGUGGCGCGUCCCAGCUCCGGCGGGACCGCCCCCAAAGCUGCUCCAGCAGCCGCGACCAAAGCCAAGGGGCUGGCCAGUGGGGACAGGGCCAGCCGGCCACUCAGCGCCCGCAGCGAGCCUAGUGACAAGGGAGGCCGGGCACCCCUCUCUCGAAAGCCCUCUGUCCCCAAGACCGCCACUCGAGCCCCGUCAGAUCGGCCCCCCCGCCGGGCUUCCCGGUCUACCUGGACCUGGCCUACCUGCCGGGCGGGAGCAGCGCCUCCCUGGUGGACGAGGCCUUCUUCCGGCAGGAGAGUGCCCUCUGCUACGUCAUCAGCGGCCAGGACCAGCGCAAGGAGGAGGGCAUGCGGCCCCUCCUGGACGCCCUGCUGGCCGGCAAGCAGCGCUGGGACCGUGACCUCCAGGUGACCCUGAUCCCCACGUUCGACUCGGCGGCCAUGCACACGUGGUAUGAAGAGACGCACACCCGGCACCAGGCCCUGGGCCUCGUGGUGCUGGGGAGCAACAGCAUGGUGUCCAUGCAGGACGACGCCUUCCCCGGAGUGGGCGUGGCCAGGCGCCGCGGGCGCCGCCGGCGGGUCCUGACCCGGGAAAGGAGGGGACCCUUGUGCGUGGGCUCAGCGGGGACCCACCUGAUCUCGGGGAGGAACCGAGAGGGGACGGGUGACUUCCAAGUUCCUGCAACCAGACGAAGCGUGGGCGACCAGGCUGCGAGGCGGGGCGGGGCGGGCUUGCAGGUGCCGGGCCCGGUACCCCAGACAGGCCUGUUCUUCGACCCGUCCUCCUCCCCACCCCCACCCCCACCCCCAGCAUCUCUAGUUCCGAAGCCAGAGCAGACACCCCCAUCCCCGGACCCCGUUGAGGGCACCCACAUUCCUUUUCUUUUGCUGUGA